CUUUUUCAAAUCAAUCAUUUGUUUUCCUGAUUUCUCUGACUUGUAAAUUGAUUCUUGAGUCAAAUAAUUGGUUUUAAAUAAUAUGAAUUCAAAAUGCAUUUUUAAAAUCUGUUUAAAUGUCUAACCUAGGGUAAGUGCAUCAAUUCUGGAGUGAUGGGAAUGGGAGCAUCAAUGAUUAAUGGAAGAACAUGGGUUUGGGGGAGGCAGAUAAAGUGUCCCUUUCCCCAUAAUUCUAAAAUCCAAAAAGUUAAGACAUUUGCGAACCCAAUUUAAACUGCGAAAUUUGUGGAGGAUGAAUUUACCAAAGCCCGCUUACAUCGACUAUGAAGCAUUAAGAGUAUCAAAACUCUUAUCAGGCCUUGUUUCCUGCAAAAUGUUAACAGCUGUACGUUUUGGAGCAAACUCAUCGGUUUAUAAUGCAGAAAUGACAAUUUUAGAAUUAACCACAGCUCAAAGUAUCAUUUUGUCAUUAUUUUACGGCCUCCUGAGUUCUGACCUGAAAUUUUGCUACAUUCUUCAAGAACUGAUAUCUAAAGUAGACCAGUUAAAAUCUCCUUACUUAUCUUCAUGGUUGAGAGACGAUUUUAAAUUUAAUACUUCAGAUGUAUACAAAGUGAUAUCAAACCUUGCAUAUUUAGUUCGAGGGCAGCAUAUUGCCCUGCCAGAUUAUAUUCUUCGAGUAUUUGCCAGUUUGAAUUCAAAAUAUGAUAUUUUAGAUACCUGCAAAACUAAAAAAGAUCUUGAAGGAUUUUAUUUCCUUUUGAGUGUGAAUAAUCAGUGUUCCAGAAGUCAACAAACAGAAAAAACAUCAGUUUCUAAUCUAAUCUCAUCAUUUGAAUCUAAUGUAAUGAAGAAAAAAAACUCAAUGGUGAUAGCUCAGAAACCUGUGUUGGCUCCGAAACCUGUGUUAUCUCCAACUAAUACACAAGCUGUUAAAAAUGAAGAUAUGCUCAUGGACCAUGGGUCAACUUGUCCUCACUUUCCUUUGGUCGGCAUGGUUCCUAAUAGGCUUCUCCAAAUCUCAAGUCCUUGUUUAAAUUGCAGUAAUCAAUCUGAGAAUUGGAUCUGCCUUACCUGUUAUUUUGUGGGAUGUAGCAGGUAUGUGAAUAAACACAUGAUGAUGCACAAUGAAUCAACCAAACAUCCUCUUGCUCUAAGCUGUUCUAGCCACAGUGUAUGGUGUUACCCUUGUCGCAGUUACAUCAAUCAGCCCAUCCAAUGGUCAUCAGACAGUGGGACUUUAUCAUUCAGACCGGAAAACAUCGUUCGAUAUCCGAUAGAUGGCAGCAACAGUCUUCAUACUCUCGCAUCUGGAGGUCAUCACCAUGGUCGAGAACCAAAUCAUUUAAUAAAAGAACCAAACAAUGACUCUGAUGAGGGAUCUGAUUUAUUCCAACGGAGUCGUAGUUCUUCAAUUUCGAAUCAAUCUCUGUCUUCUGAACGCAGCACCUACACUGACUCUAAACAGGGAAAUGUGAAUUCAAGGAAUCCUGCUAGAACAAGAAACAAAUCAAGAACAAGAGGCCGCCAUUUCAAAGAGAAUAACAAUGAAUCUGGUGGCAUCCACUCUGUGGGCAAACCUCUGACACAUGCAGUCAGUUCACCGAACAUUUCUGACCUAUUUUGUAAAAAGGAUGAAAUAUCUCCUGAAGCAAGUCUUCUUCAAAGUUACUUGUCUAAACCAGGCACUGCACCUAUAUCUUAUUCUCAAAUAAGUCGGUUAAUUAGUAGAAGAGAUGGAAAAGGAGGGAAAAGUCCUCUCCAUCAAGCUUCUAAGGAUGGUCUAUUAGCAGUUGCGAAGGGACUCAUCAAAUAUGGAGCUCCAAUUAAUUGUAGGGAUGAUGUUGGCUUUACACCAGCCCACUAUGCUGCAAGAGGAGGCUAUAUUGAAUUACUUGAAGUACUGAAACAGCAUGAAGCAGACUUAAUAGCGGUUGGCGACAGUGGUGAUACAUUGCUUCACCUUGCUGCCAGGAAAAAUCAUGCUGGAACUUGUGGCUGGCUGUUAGAUAAUGGUGUUGCUAUAGAUGCCCAAGGAUACAAGGGUCGUACUGCACUUCAUUGUGCUGCUAUGUGGGGGUAUAUUGAAACAGUUCGUUUACUUCUGAUGCGUAAGGCAUCCGUUCACAUUAAAGAUUUUUAUCAUAAUACAGCUUAUGAUUUGGCUGUUUCUCAAGGGCAUCCAAAAGUUGCUAAUAUGCUUAAGAAUGUAAUGUAAAUCUUAAGUUAGUAUAUAAUUUUUUUUAUUUCUUGUACAUGAUUAUUUUAUCCAAAACUGAGUGCAUUUAGAUACAAAAAAAAACAUUAAAUUAAAAACUAUAUUUAUCCGAAAAACGAAUUAAGACUGUUAUUAAUUUUAUUUAAAUUUUAUCAGUUUUUUCAUUCCUGUUACUAGGUCUAUUACUAUCUCUGGCUAUGACACUUUUAUUUUGUCAUUUUGUUUUAUAUUUGAAAUUAAGUAUUUUUGUGUACUUAUUCUUAAUUUUUGUCCAUAUAUAAGCAUUAAUUUCUUGAUAUCUCUAAAUGAGGGAAGAAUGUCUAAUAGUACUUACAACUUUUUUAUAGAUCAACACACUUUCUUAAAAUGUGUUAAAAUAUAAUUAGUUGAGAACCUAGGAGUUUCAUUUACUCCGAAUUUGAGACUAAAAAUCAUUCCCUGCUUAAGAUUGAGGAGGGUAAAUAUAUGAUGAUGGUAAUAGCAGACCAUAAAAUCUUUAAAGUGAGAUAUCUGAAAUUUCUGAUUACUAUGAUAGGAAUCGUCACUCACUCCCUGCAUUAAUGGUCUUAAUGCAUUAUUUAGUUUGUUUCGUUAAUAUCCAAUGAGUUUAUUAAUUUAAGCUAUUCAAAAUAAAAAAUGAAAUAGCUAAAAGUUAUUUCUUCCUUAUUUGUUUUUUUAUAUAUGUUUCUAUUGAUUCAGUAUUUAGUAUUAUGUAUACUCUUUAGUUGCCAAUGCUGAUUGAGGUUUUGAGAUGUUACAUCUGCAAUAAAAAAAUUCACUUUUAGAAUAUAUUUCAGGACUCCAUUUAUUAAUUUUAAAACAUUGUUGAUUAAUCUUUUAUUCUUUGAGAAGGAAAUAUUUCAUUUAACUGUUAGCAUAUGAGAUUUAUGAGUUAAUAGGUGUAAAAUGAAAAGUUCCUUUUAACUAGUACUGGAGAAUAGUAGACCAAAAGAGUACAAUGAAAUAGAAAUUUCUUUGAAUAUAAGGGAAUUUCUACAUCUUAAUGGUCCUUUCUUUUAGAAAGAGUUUUAUAAGGUGAAUAAGUCAGUGAAUUUAUUAUAUUUUAUUUUUCUAUAUAUAUAUAUAUAUAUAUAUAUAUAUAUAUAUAUAUAUAUAUAUAGACUGUCCUUUUUGAACCAUUUUUCUGAUCAUAAUUAUUUUUUGAUCUUUUAGUUUUUCUGUUGAUUAUCUUUUUAUUGUUGGAUAAGUAGCUACAAAUAUUUUAUUUAAUGAUACUUUAUUAUUUGUAACAUGCUAGAAAAUCAUUAAAAAACAAUUCAAUUCAACGUUUGCUCACAAUGGACCAUAUUCAUGAGAUCAUGCUUUGGCUUUCCCAUGAGUGGUAGAAGAAAGUUUAAAGUAUUGAAACUUCUUUAUCAAAGCAUUAUUGUUUACCAUAUUUACUGUAAUGUAACCUAUUUAAUUGAAAUCAAGAAUUUAUAAAACAAUAAUAAUAAUGAUUUACUUAAUACUGAAUUCAUAAUUUUUCUAUGAACCACUGGAAAAAGAGAUACGCAAACCUACGUUACAUUUUUUUGCAUUGAAUGCAUAAUCCUUUAUCUGGAUUCCAUUGCACACCAAUGAUGAUUCCAUUCAAUUACAAAAGUUGACAUUCCUUAUGUGUGCCAGUACUCGCUGACUUGGCAAUAUCAGUGAUUGCUAUGCUGUCGUUGACUUGCAAUUUGUACUCAAGAUAAGACUUUUCCUCAAUGAAACAAACAGGUGUUUCGUGAAUGAUAUUCUCGAAUUUUUAUGGAAAAUCUUGUCAUUAUUAAUUGCAACAUCUAACAGCCAUGUAAUUAAGGCCACUACCAAUUUUUUAAUAGGAAUUGUGAUUCUCAUAAUAUUUACAUUCUAUCAGUACCACCCAAAAACUUACACUGGUUUAUUACUUUUGAUUGAGGGAUCCUGAUUAUUGUUUUUUAACUUGGGCCUGAGGUUUAUAUUCUUAUUUGUAGAAGCUAUCUUUACAACAUUAUUAGACAUGUGUACCAUAUUUUUCUCUAUAUAGAAUUAUGGAGACCCUGUUGGUUCUUUUAAGAAGUUUUCUUUUUUUUAUGAAAUGCUUUCCUUUAGUAUUUUAAAUUUUUGUAUGAUCAUAUGUUAUCAAAAUUACAGCACCUAUCAAUGGUCAAAGUCCAUUUUAAAUUAGGAUAAAUUCAAACUUUUAUUCUAAUCUAACAGGUGUUAGUCGUAAAUCAAAGGUAACAUUUCUUUGUGAAUAGUUGCAGAGAUAAAGGUGAAUAAAAUAAAGUUGGGUAGGUAUUUAACCUCUUAGGAGGUUUAGUGUGAUAUGGUUUGUCGUUCUUAAACAAGAAUAUAUUUUAUGUUUCUUUGAUUCAAAAUAAUAUUUUUUCUGUUAUAUUGUUUUAUAUUAAUAUUAAUAUUUUUUAUGUUUUAUUAUGGUCAAUGUUAAAGAACAUUGAUAAACUUAAAGGAUAAGGUGUUCUUAUAAAAAUUAGGUUUAUAUUCAUUAAUUUUAAUUAUAGAUUUCCUUUACGAUUUAAGAAUAUUUUCUAUAUUUCUAAUAAUUUUAAAAUAUAAUCAGAGUGAACUUGUAUUAAUGUUACAAAUAAUCGCAUUUAUGUAGUUAUUGUGACUGUUUCUUUUUUUCACAUCCUUAUGUGGGAAUUUAUGCAUUACGAACGUAUAUUUUACUGAGUUGGAAUAUAAUAUAGAUAUUCCCCAUUUUUACAUAAUCUAUGAUCUUAUAGUGUUGACCAAGCGUUCUAUACAAGAAAUAACUAAUUAAAUAACUUUGGUCUAACUGAAUAAGGUCAGGUAGGCGUCGUAUUUUGAUUACUUGGAUACCUUCUCGAUUCUAAUGUCAAGAUUUGGUAUCGUUGAUGAUAGACUACAACAGUGGUUAAACAUUGUUAAAUCACUGGUGUUGAAUAUAUAUAACCUAUUAAACAGUUAUAUUCAAAAUAUAACAUACUUCAAUAUGUUAAUUCAAAUUGAUAUUAUGAAUAAUUGCAUUUAUAUAGUCAAUCAUGACUAUAUUUUAAUAUUUUGAUUUACCUGCAUAUUUAAACUAUCAAGGUCAACAUUAUAUUCUGUUACCUUGACAUAAAUAUACUGAGGUUAUUAUCAUGAUUUUGUGUUUAAAUCUAUUUUCCUUGAAUCGAUUAAAAUGAUGUAAUGGUUUAGUUACUAUAUUAAUAUACUAUUACAAGCACAUCUAUAUUUGUUAUAUACAUAUUAAUAAGUAUUAAAUAUAUUUAAGUGUUUAUUUUGGAUAGAAUAAUAUCCUAAUUGAUAAAGAAAAAUCAAUUUAUAUAAUUUUUCUGAAUAAAGUGUUAAUGAAUCCUUUGUGAAUCUGUAUAUAAGCUUAUAGAUAUUGUAAAAUGUGACUUAAUUUGUGGUGGAAAAUGCAAGUUGCAACAAAUUAUAUAUUCCAUUACUUUAAAUCUCCCAGUAAUAGUUUUCAUUAAACUUUUAAUAAAUAUUUUUAAUUCAAUAAAAUUAACCUUUUUAUGAAUGAGUAAUAAAUAUUGUUACAGAUUUUCAUAUAAUUUUUUAACAAAUUUAUUAAAAUAUAAAAUGUUUUUAUUAACUCAAGUAUAAAAAUCUAGAUUUUAGAAAAAAUAGUUUAUACCUUACAAAUAUAUUAAAAUCUUUUUCUUAAAAAAAAACAAAUUUAAAUUGAAUUGAUGGGUUUCAUAAAUUUAUUGUUUAUAAAAAAAAUAUAUUAAUAAAAUUUUCAUGUCUUAGGAGUUUGUUAUCAUGGUAUUUAAACUCACUACUAUAACAGAAUGAGACUAUACUUGAGCUUUAUAAAUACAUAUAUAUUUUUUUAUAUACUUCGUUUUUAAUAAAUAUUAUAAAUACUUGUUAUUAUUGUGUUACUAUUUACUAAUAAAUAGCAUUUCAACUUUCUUCAUAGUG